AUGAAUAACAAUUCGAUGAAAAUCGGAAAUCCCAAGCCUUUGCCAGCUGUGGGAUCCAUGGGCUCGGAUUACCUUAGCCAAACAGCGUACAUGCAUAGUAUAAGGAAAUCUGCUACGGCACGCAAGGAGAGAAAGUAUUAUGAGAGCUUGGCGCAUCUGCGUAAGACCGAUGGAAUGGCAGGACCCUUGCGGAUAAUGAUGGAUCGCUAUAGCGUACGUCAAGCUGGACGCCUUGCCUUCCUGAAUACGAACCAAUUUUCGGACGAAGUAUUGACUGGACGCAUUUAUGAAGUCGCAAUCGAGGACGUUUACAAUAUACCACAUCACAGUGAGAGACAGCAUGAACCUCAUAGCGUUAUGGAAAUGAUCAUGGGUAUUCAUAUAUAA